AUGGUGACUGCCCAAUAUCAAGGGUUGAUCUGGAGAGCGCACGGGAUUGGAGCUGGCAAGUUCAUCCGCGCUCUUGACCGACUGAAAGGAAAUGGAUCACCGGUGGAUCCGAUCACCAGUGACCAACAGAUCGUAAUUGAACAACAGACACCAAUCAUUCCACCCACUGUCCAGUUGAGUUGUGGAUCACUACUGCAGUGGGAACUUCACCAGCCACACUUCUCCCGGCUCAGAGGGUCUUUUAGUGGCACUCUGGACUCGGUCACAGUCCAAAAUCCCCUUGAUGUGGAGAAAGCUCUUGUUUUCCGCCACCCGCUAACUGCGACCAUUGCCUACGGCAACCGUGGUCGUCUUGCGCGCCGAGAGCGGCUGGGACGUUUUCCAGCCACCGCGGUGAUGCGGAGUGGCUGGAAUGAGGGACUACACUGA